AUGUUUGGUGACCUCGGACACGGAAUCAUCAUGCUGUUGGCUGGUUUGUGGAUGGUGCUUCGUGAGGAGAAUCUUGCCGCUCGAAAUAUCAAAGAUGAGGCAAGUUCUGAAUCAAAGAUUUUCAAUAUGUUUUUCGGAGGUCGCUAUAUCAUCCUACUUAUGGGCAUAUUUUCGGUUCAUGCAGGCAUACUGUAUAAUGACAUAUUUGCAAAAUCAUUCAAUCUGUUUGGUUCCAAAUGGCGCAAUCCAUUCUCUGAAUUGGAGCUGGACUCCUGGUACAAUCAGUCAGUGAUUUCGGGAAAGGAGGUGAUGAUCGAUCUGCCGCCACUUCCGUCAUAUAUGCAUCAUAGCGGCCCAUAUUGGUUUGGCGUUGAUCCUGUAUGGAAUCUGGCUGAAAAUCGACUAAAUUUUUCAAACUCAUUGAAAAUGAAACUAUCUGUAAUUCUUGGCAUCACCCAAAUGACAUUCGGAGUGUUCCUUUCGCUUCUAAAUUAUUUGUAA